AUGGACUGCAACUGUGUCAGUGAUCUGCUGCUGCCCCCGGUGCCCACCCUGUGGACGCCAGGUCAGUUCAUCAAACCAUCUUCACUGUGCAAUGGCUUUGCUUUCCCAGACUGGGCCUACAAGCCGGAGUCCAGCCCUGGGUCCAGACAGAUCCAAUUGUGGCACUUCAUUUUGGAGUUGCUGCAGAAGGAGGAGUACCAGGGGGUGAUCGCGUGGCAGGGCGACUACGGCGAGUUUGUCAUCAAAGACCCCGAUGAGGUGGCCCGGCUGUGGGGGAUCAGGAAGUGCAAGCCCCACAUGAACUAUGACAAGCUGAGCCGAGCGUUGAGGUAUUACUACAACAAGCGCAUUUUGCACAAGACCAAAGGGAAACGCUUCACGUACAAGUUCAACUUCAGUAAAGUGGUGUUGGUCAACUACCCCAUUCUGGACAUGGCCAACUCCCCGUUCUUUCUGGCCCAGAAUCACUUCAAUGGAGGCUCCACUGCUCCAGACUGUAGUCCAGAGGCCAUACAGUCGCUGUUUCCGCGUUUGCCAGACUCCAGCAGAGCCACUUCCCUGUUUGAUCGAGGCAGCGCUGCACCAGGGCCUGAAGGAGACAAGCUGAGGCUGGACUCGCUGCCUUUCCUGGGUUCAGGUGCACCAUGCUACUCCAAACCCCCGUCUCUGCUGGGUCCCUACCCGCGGAGCCCACCCUUCGACUAUCCAUGGGGCUUCAACCCGUAUCUCCCAGGGGCCUUCUCUCUCAACAACUGCCCCAAACUGCCCCCUGGCUCCCUGUACCCCUCCCAAUUCUACCCCAAUCCUUUACAAAGCAGCCUCUCCCAGCUGCCUAACCCUUUCUCCUCACUGCUGCCCCCGGGGGAGGCAGGCGAUCGGGGCCAAACGGGUGGGACAAACGGCUCAGCGGGUGGUCAGCCCCCCAGACUGCUCCUCCCUCCGUACCCGGGGAGCCUGCCUUUGGGGCGCUCAGACAUCGGAAACGGGACCGCACUGGGAGACAGAGAGAGCGGAGAGCCUACUACACCCGUCCUGGGACUGGCUGGCGUCGGGACAGGCAGCGACAGUCCCACAGAGAGGAGGAGCGGAGGAGGGGGGGUGAAGGCGGACCCCGAAUCGGACUCAGAUCUGGAAAUAACAGAUCUAAGCGACUGCAGCUCGGACAACGAAGACUUCAACGUGGGGAAAGGUUUGAGUCGAGACAGGCCCCAGAUCGUUUUGGAUGGGAAGAAGGGGAGCAUUCAGCCUCCCAUCUCUCACCCGCUGAAGAGCCUGCUUCCAGUCACCCCUCCGCCCUCUCUGCCACCAUCACUCUCCCCAUCUUUAGCUCUACACGACAGGCACAGGGAGACGGACGCUCUCAAAAUGAUACCCAGCUAA